AUAGUGUUAGCCUGGAGCACAUCUGUUCAAAAGGCUAAUCCACAAAAGGCUGGUCUCUGGCAUAAUGCUCCCACUGGGCAACCACUUCAGCUGGCACAACAAGCUCUACAACAAUAGUGUUGCUGAAGCUAGCUAAAGCGAGCUAGGCUAAGCUGCUCUGCUAAGCAAGCUGGUUUCCAAAGCUUCACUCUGGGUUUCCCCAUCAUCUACCCUGCCGUGUCUCCUUCUUAUCACUGUUUUACUCACAUUUUAUGUUUAAUUUCUGUGUUUAUUGCACCACAUGCCUGAUCAGGUCACAUUGCUUUGCUCUGUUUGUUGUUGAUGUUCUGAAGUCAGAGCUUUCUGAGAUGGUACACCAUCCAGCACCUGAUGUGGUCCAGAAGAAGCACACACAAAGGAGACUCUGACCAAAGAUUUGUGUAGUCUGGUACGUUGUUGUGUAUGUGCAGCAUGUGUUCCAGCUCUUAACAUUACGAGCAGUCUAGUCUUGCUCAACCACUGUAUAGACGUAUAAGACAAAUGGAGGUUUGUAUGAAUAUGUGUCCAAACAGACUGAGUCUUUGUAAAAUUCAAAAUCAUCAGUCAUUCAAACAGUAAAAAUGUCAUUCAGUAAACUAAGUCCUACCUGGAUGGUUUUUAAUGACUUUAUCAGUUUUAGCUCACUCUACUCUACAACGUUGCUUCAUGUAGACUUGUUGGUGUGCUUGGUCCUGUUGCACCGCCUCACAUUUGACUCUACAAUGCUUUGUAGAUGAUCAGGUCCUGUGGUUGCAUUUAAGCCCAAAUCAUCAGCCUUCCAGUGCCGUGCUUGACAGCUGGUAUGAUGUGUUGGUGCUGUUCUUGGGUUUGCCAAAUGAGUCUCUGUCCAAAAGGACAUUGUUCCAGGAAUCUCGUGGUUUGUUCAGAGGCUACUUUGCAACACUAACCUGUGCUGCUGUGUUCUCUGUACUGAACAGAGGCGUUUCCCUGGCAACCCUUCCAAAGAAGCCACAAACUGUAAUAUUUAACAUCCUAGCUAAGGCCUGUAGAGUGUGAGAUGUGACUUUGGGCUUGGAGCAUCCCAUGGUCUGACAUUGGGGUGAAAUUUGCUGGAACGACUGACCACUGUCUUAAAUUAGUUCCACUUCUGAGUAAGCCCUCUCACUGUCGAAUGAUUGAUUCAGAUUAACUGGAAAUGACCUUUUAAACCUCAACAGCCUCACUGGUGGCAGCAAAAGUUACUCCUUUGUUGUCGUCCUUCCUCCUUAUCAGUGUGAAUGCUCUGGACCAUCGUAUGGCGGCUGUAAUGCUCGUUGAUGAUUAGUAAAGUCAUUUGAUUAGCAGCAGCUCGCUGCUUCUAAACCUGAGGAACACAGCUGUGUUUUCUUCUUCUGCGUUUUGACUUAGUGCAGCAUGGCAUUAUUUACCUCCUAUAGUCAUAUUAUAGUGGUAGUUGAGCUUAUAGCUAUCUGCUAGAUGAUUUUGUUUCAUUAUAUGUAAAACCGGUGGAUUUAAAGAGGGUGUACUUUUUGUUUUUACCAUGACAUUAGCUGCAAACUGUUACUGUUUCAGUCCAGCCUUCAAAUCAACUACUUCAUUAGCUUCAUUAGCUUUGACAGGGUGUCCAAAAUUAGAAGUUACAUUACAAUCCUGUUUCUCAUCAGUGGGAAAUAAAUAGAGCUGUGCAACAGUGAAUAGUAUUAAGUCAUGUGAACACAAGCUGCGUGAUGUUAGCCUGUGUAGCUGAAAGCACUGAGUGCCAAUAACCACAGAGGACAGGAAGUCAUGAUCCCAGCAGAGCGCCUCUUUACAGUCGUGCAGCUCGUCUUCAUUCAGCGUGGAAGCAUUACACAGACCGCUUCUGCAGUGCUGCUUUACUAACACUGUGUAUAACCUUUCUCCGUCACUGUGAAGGAAUGCAAAAAAUGUUUGCUCAGCCUCCCCUGGUGUUGCAACACGGGCAGGCAAGCGUGUUCUUAUGGUGGACUUGAUCGUGCUCACAUGUGAAACACAGGUUUGUCUCAAACAGAGAGGCUGAUGUGUCGUCUGACUGUUACCUGAUAAAAGGGGAUGAAGCACAAUCGCAGAUGUUUUCUGUUUAUUGCUCACAUCCUGAUACCUACAUCACACAUCUUCACUGCUACUCCAUUUGUGGGACAGUUGCUUUCUGAAUACUGUUUUCCUGCUGGAGUAUCAGCAUCCACAUGUAUGUUGUCUUCAUGCUACAGGUGGAAAUGAUCGUUCUCGUGUCUCAAGCUCCAGCUGAGGAAUCUGACGACAGCUUCUUUGUUUUUGUCUCAUUUUGUUUGAUAAAAAUGGUUUUACACUGGCCCAGAACAGAAAACUGUACCUAACAGGGAGGAGCUGACACACUGGCCUAACAGUGCUCACACACGUAGGAUAUUAUUAGCUAUUGGUAAUGUUUUUACUCUCGUCUCUGAGAAGUUGUUCGUUUAUUUAUUUAUUUUUCAUGUUGCCACAAAGCAGAUUGUUUAUUGUUAUUCAUUUUGUUGCCUCAACCUUCAGCAGAAUCCUUGAAUUUGGACGUGUGGCAUUAAACGUUCGAUGGUCUCUGUUAGCAGCGCUGCUUCUCCUUCUGUGUCUUAGAAUAAUAGUUAUAAGUUGUUUGUGCAUCACUGCAGACGUCCACACAGUGAUGCAAACCAACAACACGAAGCGUUAGAGCUGAGGACGUACUGACCUAACUUAUGUCCAAAGAAACAAACAUUACUGUUGGCUUCAUAUAAGAAAAUGAUCGUUGUGCUUUGACUAACUGAAUAAUUAGUUGUGUCCAGCACAGUUUGAUCUCACAGUCCUUUAACUUUUGAUGAUGGAGUAAAAUAUCAUUGAGUGUCACAUAAGCUCUUCAGGCCAUGUCCAGAAUCAGGGCUGCAAGUGUCAUGCAGGAUGCGCUCCGACAGGCACAGUCACUAAAAAUAGUGCUGAGGUUUAUAUUGAGGGUAAACGUGUUGCCUGCAGAUCAGGGUGGUGCUGCUGGAGUCGGAGCUUGUUCUGCCAUCUUGUGGGCAGCCAGCUGUAACUGCAGCGUGGGUGCAGACGGUGAAAAGCCUCAGUCAUCUGAUGUGAUCCUUUUUCAGUGAGAAACAUUUGAUGCACAACGGCAAGAAGGAAUAGGAAAAAUGGUGUUUGUAUGCAUGGAGCUUCAUUUGAGGUGACAGGAGGCUGAAGAGGAGCAGCCACAGGGGCCUGUGGAGGGAACGGAGGAGGAGGAGAAUGCGGAGCUGUUCGGUGAGAGCAGGAGUAGGAGGAGAAAGGCAGUAUGAGAGGAGCAGCAGCAGGAGAGCCGCACAAGAGCACCAUGAGAUUCCCAGUAUGAAGGAGCGGCAGCAGUCAGCUGGAGGGAUGCUGCUCAUGCUGCUGGUCUACAUUCGAGUCAAAGAAUCGAUCUACCGACGGGGGGCCAGAAGAUGGAGGAAGCUCUACCGAGUGAACGGACAUCUCUUCCAGGCCAAACGCUUUAACAGGAAAGCCUACUGUGCCCACUGUAGUGAAAGGAUAUGGGGGCUGGGCAGUCAGGGCUACAAGUGUAUCAACUGCAAACUGCUGGUCCAUAAGCGCUGUCACAGACUCAUCCCUCAGACCUGCCAAAGGCUUAUGGAUCCAGUCAUGCCAUCACAGAAGCCCCCUUCAGAUGCCCAGAGUGCCGAGGUGGACCUUCCGCUGGAUGACACAGAGGACACAGAUGGGAUACCGUUUUUACCACACAACUGUGCAGUGAACAAAGCAGAAGACGAGACAGAGGACGUCAAAGCAGUAGUUGAUGGCAUCGAUGGCAUUAAGAUAUCCCAGGGACUGGUUCUCGGGCUGGGUGACUUUGACCUGAUUCGAGUAAUAGGACGUGGCAGCUAUGCCAAAGUUCUGCUGGUGCGGCUAAAGAAGAAUGAGCAGAUGUACGCCAUGAAGGUGGUGAAAAAGGAGCUGGUCCAUGACGACGAGGAUAUUGACUGGGUGCAGACAGAGAAGCAUGUUUUUGAGCAGGCUUCGACCAAUCCCUUCUUAGUCGGCCUCCACUCCUGUUUCCAGACAGAAAGUCGGUUAUUUCUAGUGAUCGAGUAUGUAAACGGUGGGGACUUGAUGUUUCAUAUGCAACGACAAAGGAAGCUCCCAGAAGAGCACGCAAGAUUCUACGCUGCUGAAAUCUGCAUCGCGUUGAACUUCCUACAUGAAAAGGGCAUCAUCUACCGUGAUCUGAAGCUGGACAACGUGCUCUUGGACCACGAGGGACACAUCAAGCUCACAGACUACGGCAUGUGCAAGGAGGGAAUCAGACCAGGUGAUACCACCAGUACUUUCUGUGGCACUCCAAACUACAUAGCCCCUGAGAUCCUGAGAGGGGAAGACUAUGGCUUCAGUGUGGACUGGUGGGCUUUGGGCGUGCUGAUGUUUGAGAUGAUGGCUGGAAGGUCCCCGUUCGACAUCAUCACUGACAAUCCUGACAUGAACACAGAGGAGUACCUCUUUCAGGUUAUUCUUGAGAAGCCCAUUCGGAUCCCAAGGUCUCUGUCGGUGAAAGCUGCCGGCGUGCUCAAGGGCUUUCUAAACAAGGAUCCCAAGGAGCGGCUGGGUUGCCAGGUCCAGACAGGCUUCACAGACAUCAAGUCCCACACGUUUUUCCGCAGUAUAGACUGGGAACAGCUUGAGAAGAAAGAAGUGACGCCGCCCUUCAAACCUCAAAUCUCUGAUGAAUACGGCCUAGAAAACUUUGACACGCAGUUUACUAAUGAACCAGUGCAGCUAACACCAGAUGAUGAGGAUGUCAUCAAGAGAAUAGACCAGUCCGAGUUUGAGGGAUUUGAAUAUAUCAACCCCCUGCUGCUAGCCACAGAAGAGUCUGUAUGAAGGAGAAACCAGCGUCCUCCUCCGAGCUGCUGUUCAAAAACAGAAACAAACAAACUUGCAAGCCAACUCAACUCAGAAGGGCGACACGGAGCAGUGAGGACAACAAGGAGGAAGUUUCCCCUGGACCUGUCCACAAGGCAAACGGGAGGAGGGAGAGUUUUUCCCUGGGGAGCCGGACUACAGGAACAUUCCCUGACUUUAUGUUGUCUUCUCCUUCUCUUUGUUCGGUCCUGUUGUCCCUGUCAGUCCAUCCUGGUGUCAGAGCAGGACUGGCUGUGUGAGCGUUUCAUUCUGUGCCUGCCACCACCAACACGUUUCAGCCCAUCUCACGCCCUGGAUGAAUACGACGGCUCUGCGGAACAACUUUAAAUAAUUUUACGUGCAAUUUUUUAUUCUUCUUUUUUUCUAUCUUGGUAGGGGGGCCACGCCUCACACACACAAGAAUGUACAAUGACAAAGGAGAAAAUGUUGUUAUUGUGUAUUAUAAUGUAGCUAGUGAAUCCAAAAUUGAUGAUGCCUUUUUAUUGAUGCAAGCGGCACAUGUUCCUCCAUAACCACAAACCUUUCUUUGUGUUCUGUUGUUUUCACAAGCAAGGGGGUGACAACUUUUUAUUUAAGAAGUGCCUCAAAGAUCAAAUGAUUUCCCGUGUCUCUGACUGCAGCUCUAUCUGUUCACCUGUUACGGCUGCAGCAGGUAACGCAGCUGAAACUCUGCCAGGGUAUGUCCAAGCUCUCGUCCAGCGUACGGAGCUCGCUAAGCUGCCUCAGUCCCCACACACAAACAAACCUUCUUAUUUUUAACCAAUCGUUCAAAUAAUCAACAUUUCCUGUGAAUGUGUAGAUUGACACGAGCAGCUGGGAGGAGACCUGACCUCUUUCAUUACACAUGUGUAAUUGUAAUGUUUCCCAGUAAAGGCCCACGUUAUCGUCACAUAGGUGAGGAGCAGCAGACAGACUUGGUCCAUGCCUGCUGUCAGACGUUGGCUUCAGCUUCCACAGUAAAGCAGCUUUGGGUUCCUCCUCACCAGGUGCUGCUGCGUGACCAUCUAUGUGACCUGCUGGGGGAAACAGGUCACCCGUUCCUUUUUGGGCUCACUGUGUGUGUCUACACUGAGACCUGCUGCAACGACAGCUGAAAAUCUGUUUGCAAGUCCAAAUGAAAUUGGAGAACAGCAGAAAAGCCAUAGGAGCUUUUCCGUGGUGUUCACAGAUGUUAGUGGGUCUUCCCUGUGUGGGGGAAAAAAGCUUUUUUGGGUUAAAUUCCAGAUGUGUUACUUUCUCGACGCCCAGUCAGUCUGAGCAAAGGCCUCCCCUCCCUGAGCCUGGUUCUGAGGUCUGUUCCCAUUAAAAGGGCGUUCGUCCUCCCUACUGUUGCCAAGCACCGUUCAUAGAGGAUCAUCUGAGUGUUGAGGACUAUGCCUACAAUACUAGAGAUACUGUAAAAAAGUGCCCUGAGACAACUGCUGGGGCGCUAAAGAAAGAAAAGUGGGUCAUUCCCAGUCUCCGCUGGAACGUUCUGGGUGAGUGUUAGUGAGGGGUUGGAGGAUUAGGUCACUAUUAUAAUUCAUGCCCUCCACCAUGCAGCUGCUGGUGCACAACAGCUAUAAAACCAGUACGAAGCCAUGAGUUUUUCUUUACUAUAUAAUGAAGUUUUCAGGACACUUUAACUCUGUAUACUGCCUCCUUUUAUACACAGCAAGCAACAUAUCAGUACCUACCUGAAGCAUCAGUGAGCACACAUUCAUGUCUCCAACAGAACUCAGUGCUUCUGAUGCAAGCUGUGUGUAUCUGCACACGUUCUUCUGAGGGAGGAGAAGCUCUCAAUUGGCUGUUUCUGAUGAAACCUGACCCAUGCUAAUUUAAUAACCUCAUAAUAGGAUAAAUUAGCUGAUCAGUCACAGGGCCUCAAUUAGCUGCAGGCCCUGUACAGGCAGGGAGACGGCGUAAUGAAGUUCUAGUCACAAUGAAAAUACACACCUCUAAUCUAAAGAAGCAUCCUCCUCCUCCAACCCCGACACUCCAUCUCACAGGCUGUAUUUCAUUACCUGCACACAGGUGAUACAUUAGUGAUGCUUUUUUCCCCUUAAGGGACCAAUUGAUAAACUGGAAGCUCUUGAAUCCACCUUACAGAACAUGAAGGCCGCUCAAACCCCAUGAAGGAUUAUUGAACUACAGUUCUGCUUUUACAUAAUGCUGGUCAGAUCUGCUUCAUUUAGCUUCAUCGCAUCUUUGUAAAUAUGUGUAAUUAUUAAAAAUCAAACUGGUUUUCUGUGAA